CCUUGCAACAAAUAUGUCAUAAAAAUUAUUCAAACUUGAAAUUUUAUAUAGAACUUAUAGAAAUGUUCUGGUCUAAUCGGAUUAAUUGUUAUUUUAUUUUUAUCAUUCUCAUUACACAUUUGUGUUUAAGUUUGAACCUUAAAUCUGAAAAUGGUGUUAUGGCUGAUCCUAAUAGUUGGAUUAGGCUCAGCACUAACAACAAUUAUGGCCAUAAACGAUGCUCUAAUUACUUCGUCGUUCGUCCAAAACUACGCCGUGACAAGAUUUGGAAUAGGAUACUCGAGAUGCCGCAGCCUCCCACUAAAUGUGACGGGAUGAAAAACAUUGCUCAAGACUUGACCUACAUUACUCUCGCAAUGUCCGGAUUUUCGGCAUAUGUUGGAUUCCUGAGUGAAAUCGGGAUUUCGAAAUUUGUCGACCUUUUUACCGGGGCAAUUAGUGGAAUCAAUUUUCCCGGCGUACUUCCCCCUUGGGUGGGCACGAUUUGGACCAUACUUUCCAAAAUAUUUAUUACAAUCCCGUUCGCCUCUGGAAUGAUGCCGGUGUCACUGAAUACUUUGAUAAUGGACGGAUUGGCUUUCUUCUUUAAAAAUAUGACCACCCUGAAUACAAUAGUUUUCUUGGUUUUGGACUCGAUCGAGUUCGCGUUAAGUAUUUUGUCCGCGUUUCCAAAAAUUAUGGAAGAGUUUUUGAACAUAGCGGGAAUUUUUGGGGUAGAGAGGAUGUUUAGUGAAGUACUGGAAAAUUAUGGAUGUAGUAAUAAGGGCGGAUUUUAAAGUGAAUAAAAUUGAUGAAGUUAAUUAAUA